AUGUGGUUUUAGUGGCCACUUUAAGACUUCAAUUUUUUAGUGAUCACUUAAGUGGCCUCUAUAGAGGUCUAACGUGGUAACUGGUACUAACUAAAACUACUAUAGUGGCCACUUAGACGCAAAUCAGUGGAUUCUAUAGAAGUGCCUUUGGGGGCCACUUGAGUGUCCUCUGCAAGAAGUCCUUGGGGAACCUCUUAAGGGGCCACUAAGACUUUUCGCAGAUUUUUCAUUUUAUCCACAAAAAUUGGACUGUCUCUGCUUUCCUUCCCCUUCGCUAGAAUAGGAGAUAGUGCGUGAAAAUGAGAGGGAAUGAGAGAAAUCAGUAAUUCGAUGCUACAUGAGUGCUCAUGCGUUUGCCUAUCAUGAAGAAUUUAUAUGUAAAAUAAAAGGCCAUUUUUCCAAGUCAAGUUCGCUCCAUCGAUAACGGGAAUUUCAGGAAAGUCCCGGAAGCACUGCUCCCACUCGGAACCGUACUUCCUCGAGCAGCUCAACACCAAUUACACCCAUCAGUUUACGGUCACGAAGGAUGGGAAGGACAAGGUUUGGGUAGCAAAAAUGAGGACAAAAAUGGCCUCGGGACGACUUUUUUCGUCUUUACAUAUCUUGGUAACGCUUCAAGUGAUCACUUAAGAGUUUUGAAGUCAUUAAAGGGGUAACUAGAAAUGAAGAAAUGUCCGGGCGCGUCCGGUUUUCGUUCUCGGACAUUGGUAACGCAAAUCGGACGCGUCGGAAAAUUCCUAGUGACCACUUUAGUAGCUUCAGCACUCUUAAGUGACCCCUAGAAUUUCUCAGAAACGUCCUGAGCACGUCCGUUUCGCGUUACCAAAGAAAAUUUGAAUUAUAUCCAAAUUUUCCCCGUCUUGAAAUGUGAUGAUUUUUUGGAUACCGUAAUUUUGGCGGUAGAUUCAAAAUUGAGCAAACUACAUUUUUUUUUUCAAAUUUUUUUGACUCUUCGACAGUUCUCGAGUGUCUGCGUCUCUCUUUUCCCUCGCCGGCGAGGUCAGAGAAGCAUGAAAAUAGGACUUUGAAUUGAGAGGGUCGCCGAGAGACGAAAAGGGCGCAGAGAGGUCCCGGAGCUUUUGAAGGGGUCUUUAUAGGGUUUUUAGGGACCACUAUAGGGGUCAAAGGGCUUUCUGAGCGGUCCACGAGAGCUUUGAAGCUUUAGGGAUCCCUAUAGGGAAAUUUAUAAGUUCAAAGUGGAAAUACUGUAUAAAUUCAUUGAAUUCAUGUCAGGAAAAAUGAAAAAAAAAAUCAAUAUUUAGACUUUUACAUUUUUGUCAGGAACGAGUACUUCCUGCCGGAAUCCACCACGUCCCUUUUUCCUACACCCUUCCGAAGUCGUUGCCGACGUCGUUUGAAGGCGAAUUCGGCCACAUCCGAUACACUUGCAAAGUUUGUGAAACGUUGAUAAUGCGGUCCAAUAAAAGUCGUUGUGAAGGCGAUUUGCGAACGCCCCUGGGACUUUGACAUCGUCACGCGCAAGGCCUUCACCGUCAUCGGCAUCGAGGACAUCAAUUCUGAUGCCAAGGUGCGAUUUUUGGGGAUUUUGAAAGGAAAAAUUGGAUUUUUCGUCGUAAACUACUUUUAUGAAGUUGAGAAGAAAACAGAAAAAUCGGAACAAAAAUGAAAAAACAGGACUCAAAUUCAAAAAAUGACAAGGUUUAUGUCCCUUUUUUUUGAACCCAGUCGAUUUUAUACCCUCAAGCGACCCCUUGAAGAAUUUUUUGUAUUAGUCAGAUCACUCAAGGAGCCACUUAGGCGCUCUGUACCCCUUAAGAGGUCACUUAACGGGCAUCAAGCUCUCAAAAAGGAAGAUUUUUAAGGGAAAAACGGAGAAAAAUCAAAAUGGAAAUGGAAAAAGGGACUCAAAUUCAAAAUAUGACAAGGUUUAUGUCCCUUUUCUUUGAAUCCAGUCGAUUUUAUACCCUCAAGCAACCACUUGAAGAAUUCCGUGUACUAGUCAGAUCACUGAAGGAGCCACUUUGGCGCUCUGUACCCCUUAAGAGGUCACUUAAUGAGCAUCAAGCUCUCAAAAGGAAGAUGUUUGAGGGAAAUUCGGCCACAUCCGAUACACUUGCAAAGUUUGCAAAACAAAAAAAAUAAAAAUGGAAAUGAAAAAAGGGACUCAAUUUCAGAAAAUGACAAGAUUUAUGUCCCUUUUCUUUGAAUCCGUCGAUUGUGUACCCUCAAGCGACCAUUUGAAGAAUUCUGUGUACUAGUCAGAUCACUCAAGAAGCCACUUUGGCGCUCUGUACCCCUUUAAGAGGUCACUUAAUGAACUUCUCAUGACGAAAAAGUUGAGGGGAAAAAAAAAAUCAAAAAGCCGAGAAAAAAAGGUUUUUAAAAAAUUUUUUAAAAAGUCCUAGGGACCACUUUAGGGUCUUGUAGCUUGAGGUCACGAUUUGCUUUUUAAGUGACCACUAAUGAGUGGGCAAAUUUGCUUCAUCUCUCUAAUUUCACUUUUUAAUUUUUUUUUUAUCUCUCUCAAAAAAGCCUCGGAAUAAAGGGAAAACUUAAAGGCGCAUGGGAAGACUGCCGGAAGAUAUCCUGAAGCGCAAUUUCACAAAAAAUAUUUCCAGUUGAACGAGCCAACAUCGGCCAGCGAAUCAAAUCAUACGGUGAAGUUCUGCUGUCGAUCCAGCGGCAGUGUUACGGGAGAACUGAAAUUACCCAAAGCUGGGUACACACCUGGCGAGAAGAUUGACCUUUGUUACAGGUAAUCAAUCAAUAAAUCGACGAAGAAAUCGUAAAUUUUGAGAGUCACGAACAACAGUUCCAAGAGCCGAAAUGUGACCGUCCGAUUCGUUCAAGUGACAACUUAUAAGUGAGUUUGAUGUUUCAGAAAAGGGUUUUGAACGGGAAAUUGACGAAUUUUUUGAUAGAGCAACUACAUAGACGAGUAUGAUAUCAUUAGGUUCGUUCAAAGAUAAUAACUGACUCUCCAAAAUUUAGUUGUCUUUUUCUUUCUCUGACUUUUUUUUUUGGAAUUUCGCGGAAUCAUUAUGGUCAUACCAUUACAAGAAGUUAAAGAAUGAGAAAUUUAGGUGAAACAUGAUUUUCAAGAUUUCUUUUUAGUAAUACAGUUCACAGAUUAAAAUCUAGAGGAUUCGAGCUUUGAAAAAAACAGAAAUAAAGAUUUUUUUUCGAUUUUUUUAGGCUAGAAAAGGAUGAAAAAAAGGGCCAGAAUUUGAGUGAAACCCUUAAAUGACCACUUGGCUUAUUGAUUAGCCAGAUCCCUAAAGGAAGUACUCGGCAAGAAACUGGUUUUUCUGCAUAUUUUUUCCUUACCGACGCUCUUGUUUGCCUGCUUUUUUCACAAUCUUAAACCCUUAAGUGGACGCUUGGCUUAUUUUAUAGUCAAAUCACUCAAGGGACUACUUGGCAAAAAACUGGUUUUCUGCAUCUUUUUCCCUUUUUGACACUCUCUUGCUCACCUUUCUUUCAUCCCCUUAAGUGGCCACUUGGCUCAUUUACUAGUCAGAUCCCUAAAGUAACUACUUGGCAAGAAAUUGGUUUUUCUGCAUUUUUUUUUCCCUUGUUGAAACUCUCUUGUUCACCCUUCUUUUAUCCCCUUAAAUGGCCACUUGGCCUAUUUACUAGUCAGAUCACUGAAGGGACUACUUGUCAAAAAACUGACCUGUCUGCACUUUUUCUUCCUUCUCGACGAUCUUGUUUGCCUGCUUUUUCACAAUUUUUUACCCUUAAGUGACCACUUGGCUUAUAUACUAAUCAGAUCCCUAAAGGGACUACUUUGGCGCUCAUCACCCCUUAAGUUAUCACUAAAUAAGCUUGAAAACUAGCAAGUGACCACUUGCGGGGGGCUAUUUAUUGGUCAGAUCCCUAAAGGAACUAUUUCAGCGACUUUACCCCUUAAGUUAUCACUAAAUAAGCUUGUAAGCUGGCUCGUAGAACGUAGAAGGUAAGCGAAAAAACAUAGAGAUCCUAACUAAAGAAAGUAAGAGAAAAGAGAGCGCAGACAUGUCAGAAAAAGGGAUGAUUUUUUCCAAAAUUUCAGAGCCAAGACAUUUGCUGGUCAUGAACAUGUGAAAUGCGUCAAAAGGGUCGUCAACAAGGCCGAUGAAGCUGAGGUUUGAAUUAAUUGAUUAAUUAAAAACCGUCCGCACUUUAAAGGUCGGUGGUGACGUCACCACUGAUUGGCUCAAGGAAGAAAUUGUGAUUUCCAUCGCUCCCGCCACGGUUAGGAAAGUGCCGGAUAUUGUCGGUGGCUUAUACGGUCGAGUUGGAGGUUUGUUUCCGGAGGGAGCUCUUAAGGGAUCUCUUGGAGAGGAAAGUAGCGAUCUGAGGGAUUUCCGAGUUUCUAGAAACUUCUUGGCUUUCCUGUUGUACGUCGUGUUUAAGACUACAUUGAUAGCUUUUGAAGUAGUCCCUUGAGUGAAAAAUAGUGAAAAACUUCUUAAGGGACCACUUGGAGAACAAAAAAAAAGAAGCAUUUUCAGUGAGAUUUUCAGCUUAAAAGAUUUUUCAUAUCAAUAUUAGAUACUUUAGAGACUUAUUAAGCACUUCAGGGAACACUUAGAAUGAAAAAAAGGGUUUUUAUUUUCAAAUAUAAAAUAGAGCUCUUAAGAGGUCACUCAGAAAGGAGAAGAGUUUUUUUUUCGUUUCUACAAAAUCUCAUUCGUUCCCAGUGCUCCAAACUGCGGGUUCAAACAAUUAGGCCACUUGAGUGGUCCCUUGAGUGGGAAGUUUAAUUUUUGACCCAUUGAGAAGUUUAAUUAGGUGCCCUUAAGAGACCGCUUAAAAGGAUGACAUUUUUUCGAGAAAAAUUGAUUUCGUAAAUAUUUUUCAAAUUUGAAUUUUCAGGUGGAGCAAGCCCUAACCAUCACGAUCCCAGUGGUAAUCGGAUCGAUCCCUCAACUUUCCCAGCUUUUGGCCCAUUCGAAAAACUCGAUAACCAAUGGGACCCAACCAAAAAGUUCCAUCAAAGAAAGUCCGCCGAAAAAUAAUUUCUCGUCGAGGAACGACAGUGGUGUACAGGUGGGGAAGUAAAUUCUGGGAAAAUUUGCAGUGGGCUCUUUAGGGUUUCGACGUUUUAGUGACCACUAUAGUAGUCAAAAUAGUGUCUUGUACAAGUGGUACCACUAGGCCAAUGAAAAAUGCUAUACUGGGAAAAUUUCUAGUGCCCAUUAUAAAGUUUUGACGGUUAGUGACCACUAUAGUAGUCAAAUUAGUGGCCACUUAAGAGGUUCAAAAUUAGUGGUCACUAUAGAGGUCUAAGUGCUACUAAUAAACGACUAAAAAAUUUAGUGACCACUUUAGGGGUCAAUAGAUCAACAUAACUGGUCCAAUCUUUGUUUAAAAUUAUCAGAGUACUGGACGGAUUACUGGAUGAAAAAACUACUGAAGUGGCCACUAAAUAGAGAACCUCUAUAGACUAUAGUGGCCACUAAAAAUUUCAGUGACCACUUUGGCGCAAAAUAGUUGCUUCUGUGAAGUGGACACUUUAGAGCCCUCUCCAAGCAGUCAUUUAAGAACCUCUUAAGUGGUCACUCGAGAUUUUCCUAUUAUUUUGAAGAACUCAUUUGGUUUUUUCCGUGAGUUCUUUUUGGCCCCGCCCUGCGCCUUUAAAAAAAGUCUUCUGUUCGGAAUAACCUUACCGUUUUUCGUAUGACAACCAAUAAGUUAUACCAGAUCCAUGGCUACCUUGAAAGAUAAAGGGGCGUGGCCUGUCUGCGCUCUCCAUCAACCAGGAACUGUCUUUUUUCGUGUCAGGACCUUUUUUAAAUGGCUCAAGCUACUCAGAAUCAGCUAUAAGGGAGGCAAAAUCAAUCUAGUCCGUUUUUUUCCAGGUAACAAUAACUGAUGAGUCGGGUCAAGUUGUCGAGGACCUCAGCGACGAAAUGGAAGCCCUGAUGUCCUCCAGAAAACGCGUCCGGAUGCCAUCCUCAAUACUCAGCGAACUAUAUCCUUCAAUGCCUAGCCCCUAUUACAGGUACGGCUAUAACUUUUUGAAUGGCUCAAAGGGUUCACUCUGAAGUUAGCUUGUUAUAAUGCUUUCCGAUGCCUCCGCAAGCAAGUCGUUUCUGGUCGGUUGCAUUUUGAAGAAGCGCCUGAAAGUUUCGAAGCUCCCUGUGCGGUCAUAGGCUUUCAAAUCGGAAAAAAUCGGGUCAAACUUUACGACCAUGCGACCGACCUUGAAACGACUUGCGCUUAGUUUCAUCGAAAAAAAUUUCAAAAAAGCCCAGGCAAAUUUGAAAUUCUAACAUUGACCUUCUUGACGCCGUCUUUCUAGCAAAUGAGGACGAAAAUCAACAUGAUGACGUCACAAUUCUCAUUGAUGACGUCAAACCCUCGAUUCUACGCAAAAUCUUAUCAAAAUUGCUCAGCGAAAUUCAUAAUUUGAAAGCGAGAAUCUUAUCUUUUUGCUGACCAUGUGCCUGUCAGCAAGGUGCUCCGAUUAUUGCCUUGUUUAUUUGCUUUCAAAAACCUUUUUUCGCAACAUAUUCAUUUUUGAUGGGGUGAUAGUCAGGCGUUCACUUGUAGCAUCAAGGUGAUUAGUAUCAAAAAAAAUCAAAAAAUCUAAAAAAAAAAAAGCAACUAGGAAAGUUAGGAAGGCUUUUUUUUGGAAAAUUAGGCCGUCUUUUGAAUUUGUGAAAUAAGGCCUUAAUUGGAAAAAUUCUCAUUUGUGAAAUACGGCCUCCACGAUAAAUAGGACGGUAACUUUUCCAUUUUGAAGUUUUUUAGACCGACCAAAAAAAAAUUUUUAAAAUGAGGGUCCCCAUCAUUUUGAAGAUUGUACUUCACAAAUUCACGACCUUACUUCUCAAAAAUUACUUUCACAAAUGGGGAAGGUCGUAUUUCACAAAUGCACGGCCUAACUUUCCAAAAAAAAAAUUUCGUCCUAACUUUCACGGUUUUAGGAACUCCCGAAUGGUCCUUAUAGAGGCAACGCAGAAAAUUUUGAAGUUUUCACUCUAGGGACCACUUGAGCUUUGAGGACUUAGGAGUCUGGCCCUAAACACCUAUAGGGACCACCUCAUUUAAUUCCUAAGAUUUUAAACCAUUGUGAGACCCGAAACAUAAAUAAAGACGUCAUGAAGCUCAACAAUGACGUAAUUUUUGAAUUCAGAGAGUCCUACUUUGGCCCUUCGGACAUUGCGGAGGAGAAAGAGCAGGUUCAGUUUGGCGAGAAUAUGUUCGCGCCAAAAUAUCCAUUCUACACCGAGUGACGUCAUCGAGCCGCGCCGCGCCAGUCAUGCGUCGCGGUCACGAGAAACUGAUUUUUUUUUCCUCGAAUUCUCUACGAAACGGUUAAACUUUGAUAUGAUUCCUGAUUCAAGUAGUAAUUUUACAGAUUCGAAUGCGUGGAAUCGGAUAAAGCUAGAGAUAAUGUGGAAAGAGGAGAUCGUUAGAGAAAACGAGAAAAGUUUCUCCUUUUUUCAUAGUCUCUUGCUUUUGGUGCUUUUCCUAUAUCCCAUUUUUGUAGAUAAAAUCAAUUUUGGAUAGCAAACCGAGAGAUAAUUGACCUUUAAGAGACACUAGAGAAGCAAAAAUCCCUCUUUCUCUGGCGUCUCUUCAAACGACCUGUUCUCGCCAUUUUCCAACAAAUUUCCUCCAAAUAUUCAUAUUUUAUCGUGCCUCAACCUCUUUUUUUUGUUUUGAAACUCGAUUUUCACGCUUUUCCUUGUUUGCAAUAAACGAUUGCUACUGAGGUUUUAAUUACGUGAAAAAUUUGAAAAUCAUUGAGCAGAAUUUGUUAUUGUUUUCACGGCGCCCCACGCGACAACCCCUUCCAAAGUUUUGGUGAUAAGCGAUAAGGACUCCGGAGUCACUUCGAUUUCAGCCGAGUUGAAAUGAGGUUCGCUAUCAACACCAUCGCCCUUCUGCUUUCCUGCACCUACCUGGUCCAGGCCAAGAAAGUCAAGUCAGUUCUGAUAAUUCAUUUCCCAGGUGAAGCUUGGUAGUAGGUAGAAAAGGAGAAAUCAUUACUGAGAAUUUCACAGAGUGAUUUUCUCAGGUGAAGCUUAGAUCUAUUGGAAGUGAUUACUUACUGGGAAAACUUUUAGUGGCCACUAUAGAGGCUCGCCAAGGACUACUUGGAGAGGACACUAAAGUGGCCACUAUUUCCCGUUUAAAUAGAGAAACUCUAUAGUGACCACUUCAGUAGUUUUUCAUCCAGUAUUCCUUCCAGUAACUCUGAUUUAAAACAGAUUGGACCAGUUAUGAUGAUCCAUUGACCCCUAAAGUGGCCACUAAAAGUUUUUACCGGUCUAUUAGUAGCACUGAGACCUCUGUAGCUUUUAACCCCUUAAGUGGCCACUAAUUUGACUGCUGUGGCGGCCACUAAAACGUCAAUACCCUAUAGUGGCCACUAAAAAUUUUCCCAGUAAGGUCUUCUCUCAGGUGAAGCUUAGUGCUAGCGCAAGUGAUCGCUUAAGAGAAAUUUUCGGAUGGGCGGCAAAAAAGUUGUUCGCUCCAAGGGAAGAUUGAGGGACCUCUUAAGUGCUCGUAAGAGGAACCUUCCCUUACCUCUUAAGGCGUCACUCGAACCACGAAAAAGAGCUUGCUUAAGGGAUUUGAAGUGUCCCUUCUAGGAGGCAAAGGAAAAUGUUGGUCUGCUUAAAAACAAAUAAAACUUCACUUAAGUGAACACUUCCAUUUUGGAGUUCAUAAAGGGGCCACUCUAAGUGAUCACUUGAGGGUUUUGCAACCACAGUUCAAUAGAUAACAAAAAAAAAUUUCAACGAUCAUUCACAGACCUCUUAAGUGACCACUUUAGGAUAUAUAAAAAGCCGGUUGAGAAAGUGGCCACUUUAGGGAAUUCCUUCCAAAAUUGGUUUAAUUCCCGAGUCUCUUUCAAUUCAAAAAAAACUGGAAAUGUUCAAAAAUCCUUGAAAAUGUUUCAGACCCCAAAAAGUCGUUCAUUUUCACCCGGACGGCGUCCAAAACUUUGAUCAUCAACAUGUUCAUGACGACCAUUUCCGUGGCAAUCAAGGCGUAAAUGAUCAAAAUCAACACCAGCAAACUUACAAUCAGAACCAACAACAGCAAGGUUCCUACGGACUUCCCCGGAAAUCUCAGUUCAAGGUUGGUAAAUCUUCAUGUUGUACUAUUGCUUAGGAACGCCAGAGGGGGUCCCUAGAGUGGUUAGGGGGAAAAGCCUCGGUGGGGGACUAAAAAGUGCUCCCUACAGGGGACAGGUAGUACUUGAAGGUGUUCAGACUCUGACCCCUAAAGCGUGAGUGGUCCCUAUAGUGGUCUUUCAAUUCUUGUUCUAGACUUAUGAAAACCACGAGCAUGCCUCCCUAGAGUGGCCACUUUUGCAAGCUUUAGGCUAAAGCCUUUAGCGGUGGUCCCUGAAGGGGUCCCUAAGGUUGCCCCUAUAAGUACCACUCUGGCCUUCCUAGGUAGGAAAAUUUUUCAAUAGAGCGAACUAUCAAGGCUCAAAGAAUUAUUCAUUGAUUUUCAGCAAGUGACCGCCUAUGAUCAAUGCAAAAUGGAGUGCAGGAAGCUCCGUGACGCCGCUCAACGCAAAGAGGUUUGUUGAAAAAGAUCUUAUAGCUUUAAAGGCGCAUAGAAAACGCUCUGCGUCUUUAAAGGCUCAUGGAAAACGCUCUGCGUCUUUAAAGGCGCAUAGAGAACCCACUGCGUCUUUAAAGGCGCAUAGAAAACGCUCUGCGUCUUUAAAGGCGCAUGGAAAACGCUCUGCGUCUUUAAAUUUCCUAGAAAGUUGUAAACGAACCAUUAGAUACUAGGAUAGGUAACCGAUUGACGGUUAACUUGGAUCACUUAGUGGGCGUGGCCUCUCUGCGCACUCCCCCAACCAGGCACUGCCUCUCUUAUCAUCGUGUCAGGACCCUUUUUUCGUUGCCUUAAGCCAGCGAGGUUGAAGAUAAGAGCGAGAGAGUGCGGAAGUGCGAAGAGACGUCAGAGAAAGAGACAUUCCUCUUUUUCUUUGUCGUCUCUUCUGGCCAAUGUUCUCUCGCUUCCUAUUGCUAUGAUUCCUGUUACUUUGCAAGAGAUGGGGAAAGAGAGAGUGAACCUGCAGAGAGUCCAGAGAAAAGAAACACUCUGGUGUCUCUUCAGAAGACGCUUUCUCUCGCCUCCAUCUUUGAAAAAAUGAAGUUAGGGGCUGAAAGAAGUUCAGUACGAAGAGACGCCAGAGAAAGAGACACUUUCCUGUUUCUCUGGCGUCUCUUCAGCCACCUUCACUCUUUCGAUUUCACUUAUGCAAGCGCUCACAGCUCAUGUUUGCUCAGUAUUGCUCAUAUUAGAGAAUUUUUCUAUUUUUCCCACACGAUAGCGACUGGGGUUCAGCUCAAGUUUCAUAUCAACCUGGUCAAAUAUAAGAACCAAAAAUGGUGAUUUCAGUACGUCGAGUACCUGCGAAGCGAGCUCAACGCAGCCGAAGCGCAACUCGAGGAGGAGCGCCGCAAUACCGAGGAACAACUUCGCGACGACCACCGCCAACAUGCGGAGAACAUGCGUAGCUUUGGCGACUUGGGCGACGUCGAAUACGGGAAACGUGGGUUUUUGCUCCUUUCAGGGGUUCAUGCUCCUUUCAAUGAGGAACUCUAGAGUGAUCCCUAGAGGGGUUCCAGGAGAAAACAGCCCUUCAGGGGUUAAAAGAAUGCCCUUUUAGUCUGAUUCUAGACCUCGACGAAUGCUCAAGUGGACCCUAUAGGGGUCUUUGACUAGAGUUGUCCUUAUAGUGGUUCGUAGUCGGAUCCUAAGCCUCGAAUUCUCAAGUGGUCCCUAUAGGGCAAUCCUACUCAAGUGGUCCCUAUAGUGGUUCGGAGUCUGAUUCUAAGCCCCGAACGCUCAAGUGGUCCCUAAAGGGGUCUUUAACUCGAGUGGUCCCUAUAGGGGUCUCUGUUGAUAUUUUUCAUUUGAAUGACGUCAUUUUCAUGAGUUUUCCGCAUGGAAAUGCUCAUAGAGUCCAUAACGAUGAACCAUGUCGCUAAAGGUGCCACUAACUGAAACCACUAAAAUGGCCCCUUGCAAGCUCUAGUGGCCACUGUAGGCGAAGGUAAAGUGACUCCUAGAGAGAUAUUGAAAAGGUUUUUAAGGUGACCCCUAAAGGGCCCACUCUAGCAUUUCUAGGAUUACUGGAGGAGAUUCUUUAGAUGUAAAGAAAAACCUCUACGAAAAUCUGACAUAUUCAAGAUUCUUUCAGAAACCCGUUUUGAACAUCUCCGAAACGCGGGCCAGAAGAUCGUCGAAACGGGCGCCGAGCUGAAAAACGUCGUCACCGGCGGAAGAACCGCCCCGUAA